ACUUGAGAUAUAUAAAGUUGUAAUUCUGCAGAAUAUCAAACUCAUAUUGGGUGACUACACGCUUGCGGGGCUUCUGAACCGUUAGAAGAUGAUUUCAUUGGGUCCGAUCUUAAUCUUCCUUCCUUUGUUCGUCUUUGGAAGUGCAUUAUUGGAAUCUUGCAUUAAGGAGGAAGAUUUGGAAACCACAUUCAAAGAAUUUAACAACUUAACGAUGAGGGAAACACGAGAGGAUAUUCCGAUCUUCAGCCAUUCCGUCGAACAACCUUCGGAACCACCCGGAUCGAAAUGUCAUCCUCGGAGUAAACUUCUUCGGAAAAAUUAUUUCAAAUAUUUAAGAGAUCUGUCCAGCUGCCCGUGGAACUAUUGGUAUUCCUUUGACGAUUCUCGUUAUCCGAAAUAUAUUUUAAACGCCACCUUAAAACAUUGUGGCAAGAAUAAGAACGAUAAAAACUCAACGCCAUUUUGUUUGUCUCUUCGAAGAAAGAAAGGAAACAAAAAGAGAUCGAACAAAAAGACCAAGAUAAGACUGAACAAGUCGGGAGAGUGUCGAUCAUUUACGUUCAAUUAUACAGCUUUCUACCGUGAAAGCGUCACAGGAUGUUAUUACCCCAAACAAAAGGCAACUGUCUUGGGCUUUACUUGUAUUCUACGGCAAAUGUAAACUUUUAAAGCUUGUUAAACAUCUGUCGUGGUGUAUGUGAUUCAGCGACAGCUGAGGAACGCGCAGGCAUUGACUGUUCAGUCCAAAGCACAUGGAAUGAAUUGUUUCUUUCGAAGAAUGUUCAUAUUGGUGUUGAUAUUUUUUAUUGCAUCUGUUAUCACUUGAGUUUCAUCCGAUAAUUUAAAACUUAUGAUCACUUGAAUUAAAAUUGCAUUACGAAAUACAGCGGAUUUUUUUUUUUGAAAUUGUUAAAUUCUUUUGAGGAACUAAGCGGAAACAUCUUGCUGCACUCAUAAUUUGGUAAGAAAAUACGAUUCUUUGUUGACCUGCAGUUUUGACAGUAUCAGUUUGGUACAUGCAUACCAUUCUGGCUUUCGUUAAUGCUCUCUCUUUCUCUCUCUCCGUUCAUAAGAGAACCAUGUUUGUUAGCAUAGUAGCGAGGUGAAAAUCUAACAUGGCAAUGACAUAAAUCUCGAGAGGAGUCGGAGGGAGCCAAACUUUCUUUACAUUUGUGAUGAUAGCUUGAUAAGGGGAAUGGAAAUGAUUGCUUCAUUGCAAUAGUUUAAAAUAUGAUUUAUUAGAAUCUUGGAAAUGCUGAAGAGAGAUUUGUACCAAGUUCGAUAGAAAUCGUCUUGGAAACUACAGAAAAGGUGUUAUAGACUCUAAAGGGCACAGUACACUGCACACUAGUUUAUCAAUGUUUAUACUGUCAGGAUGUACGCAGAUUUGCCGAUCAUCCAUAUAGGACAUUAAUGGAAAUAAAAAACCCUCAGAGUAAGUAAGUCUCGUAGGAAGAUAAAAAAUUCCAUAGGAAAAAAACCGUUUAUUGAAUUGUAUAAAAUUUCAUGAGGACGUUUGUAGUUCCAGUAGAUAAAGAAAUGAUUUUUUUUAUAUGUGUUAUUUACUUUCCAACAUGAUUCUGGAACGAUUUGCAAACAUGUUUAUUUCAUUUGACAACAACUCAAAUUGACUUCACAGCGCACCU